CGGUAUGGCAUGGGCUGUGGAAGUACUGUUCGGGGUUACAUUUUUCGUUGGACCCAAUCACUAAAGUCGCGUGUGUAAUUAACGCUAAUCGUGUAGCCAAACGUUUGAGAUUUCUUCCAUUUCUAAAACCCUUCCUCCUAUAAACCCUUUUUCUUAUAAACUUGAGCUCAGCCCUGUAGCUCUUUCGUUUCAUUUCUCAAAUUAAAGGUUGAAAUCGAUGUAAAUUACUCUUUGUUUUCCUUUCUCAAAUCCCAGUCUCUACGCAGCAUUCUUCUCACGAGCUUUCAUGUGAAAUGCUUGCAUAUUGCUUUCCUUUAAUCAUUCAGCUAUCAAAUUACAAAAGCAGGAUUAUCCAUAACAUUGGUUUGCUUGUGGGUAAUUUGAAGUAUAGGAGAACAUAUUCCAGCCAGAAUCUAUUUGAGCCAGUUAGUGGAAGGCUCAUCACUAGUAGUCAAUUUGUUAAUCACCCUUCUCAAAGAAGUUUUAGUCAAUCUAGUUGUUAUCAGAAAUUCGCACAUGCUGAAACUCAUUCUAUCCUUCGGUCCAGUAGUCUUCAGCAUCGGUUCAAAAAUUGGCAAGAACUGAGAAAGCAUAAAUUGACAGCUAGCACAUUUGCUGGGGCUAUAGGCUUUUGGCCUUUGCGAAGGACCCAGCUCUGGCUAGAGAAACUUGGGGCGAUUGAGCAUUUUUCUGGUAACUUAGCUACAUGUUGGAGCAAUAUCAAAGAAGAGGAAGCACUUGAAAGAUAUAAACUGAUUACUGGGAAUACAAUUGAGUUUCCUGAAUUUCAGGUUUAUGGUAAGAUGAAUCCUGAAGACAGUUGGUUAGCAGCUUCACCUGAUGGCUUGGUGAACAGGUUUGUUUAUGGGUUGCCUCCCGGGGGAGUAUUGGAGAUAAAAUGUCCAUUUUUUGGUGGGGAUAUGAGCCAGGCUUUCCCUUGGAAGCGCAUCCCCCUCUAUUGCAUUCCACAAGCUCAGGGUUUAAUGGAAAUCAUGGACCGGGAAUGGAUGGAUUUCUAUGUUUGGACUCCUAACGGAAGCAGUCUAUUUAGGAUUUACCGAGAUGUAAAAUACUGGAAUGUUCUGAAAUCGGCACUCUCUGACUUUUGGUGGAAGCAUGUUCAACCAGCUAAAGAAAUAUGCAGUAAAAAUGUGAUAACAGAUCCCCUCAUAGAAUUAAAAUCACUAAGGCCAGACUCGAGGCAUGAAUCAUGUGGCGAUAUAGUUCGUCAAAGCAAACUUAUAGCUGAUAACUCCAAUUUAUUGAUUUGUGAAAUAAAUGGACAACUGAUAACCUGAUUUGAUGACUGAGAUAUUGAAUUUUAAACCAAGUCUAAUUCAUUAAUACCAAUGCUUAUUUGAGGUUUUAACAAUUAUUGAAAAUUUUGGUUACCAUGAGUUUCCUCAGAGGAAGAAGAUCAAGUUUGGAAGUGCUCGUUCAUUAUGGUUCUUUUUCUAGAUGUAUGAAGUUACUAUUAGGGGCAUUUCUCCCUUUAGUUGGACAAAGCUGAAUGCCUAUGGUUGUUGCAAGAGUUCACGGGAACCUCAGCUGUUGGACCGCAAAAUCUUGGAGGCACAUUCCUAAUAAAGCAUUGUUACAUGGUUGUAGCAACUUCUUGACUAGAGGCUGGCAUGGAUAAUAUUGCACUAACCUUGGAGAGGCUACAAGUAUUCAAAUCAAUGAGCUUAUACAAGGAAUUGCCUGGCUCAUAUAUUUGAUGAUCCUCCAGCCUGGCUGAUUUCUGUUGUAAGAAGUCAUCCUUUCUGGUUGUUUGGCUCUAAGUCUGUCUCAGUUGUAAUUUCAACUUCAGAGGGAGAUAGGAAACCUUGUUGGGGACCUAAUACAUUUUAUUUAGGUCCUAUUUCUUAUUUCCUGGAGUGGACAAAUGUGGGACAUUUGAAGAAAGAGGCUACAAAUUGACCUUUAGGCAAUGGUAGAAAGCUGAUCAAGGGAAAAUCCUGCAGCCAACUGAUCUUUAAGGGGACUAUAGGCCUUCUUCUAUGUAGAUUCAAUGAUGACUUAUCUUAAGGUUAGCAUUUCUAGUUACAUAUCUUAUAUUGGGGAUGGGAAGAAGAAGUGCUUAGAAGCAUGCUUGCUACAGAUUCAAAUGAGACUGAUUUGUCAUGAUAGGUGUUUCCAAAAUGUAAUCACUCAACUUUUAAUAAAGUGAACUACCUAUGUGUUUUCUUGUGCUA